CAUGCUCGCCGCUAUCUCAACAUUUAUCUACCAAUGGCAGGGUUCGAAAUCUCGCAGACGGAUCGAUAUUCGGCAGUGACGAACAAGUCCGAGGCAUGUGUGAUUGCAAACCGUUCGUUCGAAGCGGGUUUCGAGCUGCGUUAUUGCGCCGGAACUAUCGCCAUAUUGAACGAGCAGGAGGAGAAGGACCUUGAGAACAGAACCAGCGACUUCAGCGUCAUCAAAACGAGUCGACGUGGAACAUGUCUCUUUCUUGGGCCUGCCCGCUUUGUCAAUCACGAUUGCGACCCUAACUGCAGCUUCAUGUCUGCUGGCAGUAACGUUAUUUACUUCAAAGUCUUGAGACGCAUUAAUGUCAACGAUGAGAUCACCACGCAUUACGGCGACAACUACUUCGGGGUCAACAAUCAGGAAUGUCUAUGUGCGACGUGUGAAAGGUAG